CUAACUUUGUAUAACUUGACACUUUAAAAAUGUCCGAAUUAAUUGACGAAAGUGAAAAAUUUCUGCACGAUUUACCAGAUAAUUUACUAAUAAAAAUUGUGCAAGAUUUGGAAAGUGAAAUAAUAAAUUUAGAAACUGAAAAUCAGAUUUUUGAAAACUUUCUGUCAAAAAAUGAGCCGGCAUUAUUAACAGGCAUGACACAGAUAUUGGAACUCGCUAAUAAAAUGCAACAAACUCAAACACACCCUUCACAGUUAUUGUUGAAUGGUGAUCGAAGAGAAACCACGGAUUCGAUUCGUGGGACAUCAAGCAGACACACCGAUUCGAUGAUGAGGUUUGCAACAACCACAACAUCAACGGGAGAUAAAGGACCGAGGGUUAAUUUGUCACAAAGAACCGAUCUUGCCUUGAAAGAAUUGGAAAAUAUUCAAACUUCCCUAACAGUGUUCCUUAAACAAUCGCAUAGAACCAAAUGCAACUUGAAAGCAAAACUUGAAGAACUGAAUAUUCAGCAAAGUGAAGUGGAAGAUGCGCGUAACAUUUUCCAGCAAACCGUUGUUGUGGAAGGAGUUGAUCCGUUAACGCAACGAAUUCCUGCCGAGAAGUUCAUAAGAUACAUGGAGGAGUGGUUGAGAAGUGCAGAGUUGACCAUAGAAAAAAUGCGAUUGAAGACAUGCACUUUGAAAGCAAUGUAUAGUAAAUUAUCCCACCAAUUGAUACAAAAGGAAGAGCUUGGUGAAACAAUUGAUGCCGUUGACUUUGAGCAGUUGCGGAUUCAAAACAAUCAUUUGGCAAAAACAAUUGAAGAAAAGAACGCCCAUUUAUUAGAUUUGAAAAAAAUGAAUGGUAUGUCCAACUUGGUAUUAAGCACCAACAAGAAGUACCUUCAGAAACAAAUGGCCAAAAUGAAAAGCAUGAAACAAUCGAUUAAUACUAAGAAAGAAAGAAUUAUUAACUUGGAUAGUGAGUACAAAGAAGUCGAGACUCAAGUGGCCAAAGAAAAAGAAAAAUACCAAAAGAUUCAACAUUUAACACAACAUUAUACUGUCCCAGAUACAAUGGAUUACAUAAAAACAAACAUAAAGCUUCUGGAUCUACGUAAGCAGAUGAAAAUGUGGGAGAGAAGGAACUAUGUGCAACAGUUUGUGCUUAACACUUGCAUUCAUCAAAUGAAAAAUUUGACUGGGUCUAAAGAAGUGCGACCAUGGUGGUUUGAAAAAAGAACUAAAAGCAAUUGUGGAGAAGAGUAAACUUGUAAUAAAGUAUAGUGUCAAAUUAGUAGUAUUUCAUCACUGUAAAUUUGAUUGCGCUAAGAAAAUCCCAUCAAAUAAACGC